GCGAGCCAUUAUAAUAAUAAAAAAAAUAUAGAAAGAAAAGUAAUUCACUGGAAAUGGAAAUAACCUAAUUUUUAAGUUCAAUUGCUUCACGCUUUUCGUUACAAUCCAUGGUAUUGUGAGUGAAAACAAAAUGCCUGCAUACGAAUUCGCUAUCAUGAUACGAGCAAUGCCAAAAACAGAGCUCAAAGUUUGUCUACAACGCAUAUCUCACGCAAUAUUUGAUCGUGGAGGUAUUAUUAGAAAUAUUGAUAAUUUGGGCUUUAAUUCGAUGCCAUAUAAAACUAGUGCUCAUGGACUAGUACACAGAGAAGCAAAUUAUUUUGUGUUCAAAGUGGAUACAGCAUCUCAAGCUGUUUCCGAUUUGAAGGAAGAGUACAGUCGUGAUGUUGAUAUCAUACGCCAACGUGUAUUCAAGGUUCCAACAGAGAAUCAAGAUGCCUGCACAUUACAAGAAGAAAUAUUGCCCCCCGCUUAUAGAAAAGAUGUUCAAAAGAUGAUAGAAAUCGGAAAAACUCAAGUUAAUCGUUUCACUUAUAAAUUCAAAUAUAAUUCAGGUCUGGAUUAUUAUCCCUUCCAGAAGUAAUGACCUAAUAGUCAAAUAUUAGUAUCUUAUUAAUAUUAGUGUAUUAGUUUUAAAAUACCUGCUGUCAAGUAGAGUUAAUGUUAAUAAUGCAGACUUUUUAGUAAUAGUGGUGUGGUGUGGCAAACUUUUUUGUGAAAAAAUCUGAGUUCUCACAUGGGGCUGUUAAAUUAAAAAGGGGUAAACUUUAUCUUUUUAUUCCUGCCCUGUGAGGCUAAAACCCACAUUUUCAAUUUUAAAAUACAUUAUUCUGAUAUCCCAUGUAAUGUAAAGUAAUCAAUGUUUUGGGAGGUGGUAUCAAGUCAUCAAUUUUGCCAGACUGGAGUAUACUAGCACACACUCCUUUUAGUUCGGAACCUAAAGAAGUGCCUUUAAAUUCCACGAAUUAUAUAUAUAUUUAUAGAAACAUUGAUGUUGAUUCUGGUAUGAUUCUUCAAAGCUAAACUUAAAUUUGACUACAGUGCAUACCUGUCAUUCUCUAUACAGAAAAGGGGAGACUGAUGUUAAAUUUCGUUUUAAGUUUAGAGAAUCACGCCAGUAUCCACACCAUUAUCAUCAGAUUUAUAAUUUAUAAAUUAAUUCAUUCUUGAUGACUCCAAUUAUAUAACACAUGAAAAAUAUUAAAAGUACAUUUCUCUUAUCUCAUGAUAAUAAUCUCUUAAAUCAUCUUUGUACAUAUUGUUAUAGACAUGUUAGAUUAUAGGGGAUAACAUAAGAAGACAGAACUGCAGUUUUUUUUUAUAAAUAGAUUGCUUUGUUUGUUUACAUCCAAAAAUAUGCCAGACCAGCAUAAAAAGGAUACUCCCCUGCACAUAUACUAGUCAUUGGCUAAAUCCUUAAGGAGCCAUCAAAGAUUUUUUUUGUUUUUACCAUUCUACUGGUGUGAUUAACCAUCAUUACAAUAUAAAUAAUCUCUUAUCUAUUAGACAAGUCCGUCCGUCCGUCCGUGGUGCUGUUUCAGCGGCCAAACCGUAAGAGAUAGAUAUAGAGAAUGUUUAAGUUAUAAGUUAAGAAUAGUCUGAUAAGACUACAAACCGGAUGUGAGUAACGUAGCACUUCCGGUUUUCGAGAAAUCACGUGAUUUCUAUUUCAAACGAAACCACACAAAAUCUCCGAAGUUCUCAAUUAAUUAAAUACAUUUUUUUUUUUGGUGAACAUUUGGUUCACUGGUUUGCUAGUAUAAUUUAAUACAAUGACAGUCACAAACUGGAAUUUUGACUAACAAGAGAUUACUGUUAUUAAAGCUUAUUUGAGUUUGAACCAGCAUAGUUGUUUUGUCUUAACUAACUUGAUAAGAUAUAUUUAUUGACAUUAAAUUUGAAAAUUUAUAAAUAUUAAAAUAUAUCAGAAGAUUUUUAAAAUGUUUUCUUUGUUAUUAAUACAUACAAAAAUACUUAAUAAUAUAAUCCUUUCCUUGAAAAAGUCAAAUUCAUGUUCUACUCAAAUAUCAAGAAACAAAUCUUAUAAAUGUAACUACAGUAUUGAAGUAGAAGAAGCUGUGAACAGGCAAAUAGAAAGUGAAAAACAAGCUGCUUUAUUCUAUUUGGAUGUGGCAACAAAAUUCUUGCACCCUAGUGUUUCAUAUAUAGGUGCAGGUGGAUAUUUUAUGAAAAUGUACAGAGAGGAAUUAGGACACAUGAAAAAGUUGAUUAACUAUCAAUUGAUUCGUGGGGGAACACCAAAUAUUAAUGUCAUUUCAAUAGAUUCAAAUGUGACACUGCUAAAUGCAUUUACACAAGCCCUGGAAUUGGAAAAAAAUGUAACAGAGCAAUUGGGGAGCCUAGUGUGUUUAGCUGAAAAAUACUAUGAUCAUCAAUGUGCUGAAUUUGUCACAUCCAAAUUUUUAUCAGAACAGAUAUUAGCUGUUAAUGAAAUUGCCCAUAAAAUAGUUCAUUUAAACCGAGUUGAUCGUGUUGAACACUGUAACUUUUUAAUCUUACACGAUAUUGGAACAAAAGUUUCUCGUCAAUAUUCGGUGUUCCCCCCUCUUGCUCUAUCACUACCAGCCCCUCUAGCAUGA